CGGCCGGCGCGGCGCGACGCGGCGGACGUCCGUUCUUCACAGUGCAGGCGUGGCGAGCCAGCCAACACCAUCGAGUCGACUGCCGGACGAUCACAGGGCAACACCGAGCCUGCACGCCGUCGUCGGCUUCCUUCAGAGACGAGCCGUGGAGCCAACCACAGUGAAAGUGUCGCGGCAGCGCCAGCACGCUGGUUUCAGUAUACAUCGCUGGAUCCUCUGGAGCGAAGAGCCGUGUCAGCAUGGCAGGAAGCGAGCCGCGCACGGCAGGGCGCAGCACGGGCGGAAGUGGCAGUAGCAGUGGCAGGUCGAGGAACGAGCUGUGGCGCCUGCUGACGGAGUACUGCACGCCGCGUCGCGACUGCGGCGUCACUCUUCCCUCCGGACCCUGCGGACGGAUCCACGUCAAAGACAAGCGCGUCCAGAUCAUCGUAGAGCGGCGAGAAUACUUGCAUAGCAGCGUUUGCUCGGACAAGGACUGUGAAACGACUGCUGAAAAAGUCUUUUACAAACAUCCAGAAAAAAGAAAAGCCUUCUUGGGAGACGGAAAGUUUUGUGAACAACCAAAUCCUGCUCUUGUAGCCAAAAUUCAAAAGGCGCUUACAGACUUAGUAGAUGAGUUUGCAAGUACUGUCAAACCAGGCAAAGAAGGAAAUACUGAAGAUCUACCAGUGCUCUAUGAAUCAUGCUAUCAGGGUCCUUGCGAUGAACUAAUCUAUUUGUUGGAGUUUGGAAAAAUUGGAGCUCUCGAUCGUUACACAAAGGAUGAAUAUGAAAAAGUUAUGCAUUGCUACCCAAGCCAAGCUAUCGGGCACCACUUGUCUUUCUUCAUGCAUUACAUAGUUCAUUUUUUCAUAGGAACAAAGUUGUUACUGUACAAUAACGUGGAAAAGGCUCCUAAAUUGCACUGGAUGUACGAUCAUGCUUGUGGUGGUCAAACGUUCCUGCCUUACCAGCGAAAAAACUUGCGUUUGUGGAUGAAAGACUUGGACGUGACGACAGAAAUGUGCAAAGCGGUUUUCCGCUGCAUUUACCUCUAUGUUUAUUUACGACGUAAAUUUGAACCGGACUACAACAUAGAAACUGAUGACUCUUUAAAACUAGGGAAUGAAGAGAUUAUUUGGUUGCGUUGUUUUCAACAGGGUUAACCUGUUAACAUGUGUAAACUUGAUAGAGCCUAUUUUGAAUGCACGAAAACAGGUAUACAAGCAAAAUGAUUUGUCACGUUAAUCAGUGAAAUUUAAGAUACGUUAUAUUAUUGUAUGGGAUAUCAAAAUAGGCCGGCAAGUGCUGGAAAUCGCUGUUUAGUAGGGCUCUAACUUUACCUGAACCUAAAUCUUGACCCUUUGGGCUUGUUUUCUGACGCAUAGGCGGUACAGAAGGAGUAACUUUCAGGCGAACAGAGAGGUGACAUUUAAUCUGCAAUCUUGUUAGAGCUGCCAUUAAAUGUGAUCCGUGCAGAUAGGAAUCGUACCAAAAUAAAUAUCAAUUCGUUUUCUCCUA